UCGCUCUUUUUACUGAAUUUAGCUUAGCCAUCACCACCUCAAUCCUCUCUCUCUCUCUCUCUCUCUCUCUCUCUCAAAGCCAAGAAAGCUUUUGUUUUCUUAUAAGAACCCUGAAACCUCUUGUGUUCAUAGAAAGGACCUUCUUUCUACGCAUUACUUUUCACAUCUUCUCUCUCAUUUGCUUCGUUUUCCCCAUCUCUUUGUAACAGUCGUAUAGCUUGCAACAUUGUCCCAUAUUACACAGCCAGCUUCGUCGGUUGUUACAGAGAGAAUUUAAAUUAGUUAAUAUAAGUAGAAUAUAAAGUCAAUAUGGGUUUUCUUCACAAGCUUUGGGAUGAAACACUCGCCGGCCCGGCACCUGAAACCGGCCUCGGCAAGCUCCGCAAGUUCGACUCCUUGUCUAGCCCGGCCUCGCCGACUAUGGUCUGCGACGAGGUGCCCGUCACUCGGAGCAUUACAAUUCUUAGGACCACUUCUUCCACGUUUGGAAACCUGUCACCGAAUUCCGGCUCCCCCUCGGAGUCCCCAACUACACCAGGCACUCCAAAAAGCCCGGGAACACCAGGUGCAAUGACCAAGAAAUUAACAAGGAGGAAGUCGUCAGCUGAUGCUUUGGAACGCGCCGAACCUAGAAGUCCGACUGGUUACGAUUGGUUGUUUUGCUGUUUAGUGUGUUUAAAAAUGAUAAUAGGAUUAAACUUGAGAAAAUAUAUAUAAAUCUUCAUUUGGUUUAGAUCAUGUCUCACUAGAUUAAGAACUGAACAAGUCAACCCCAAAAUAAAAACUAGAUUGAGAGACUGUCUAUCUUGGAUGCUUAAGAUAUUUAGUAUACUGAUGUAAGGUCUAGCUAGUUGCUAUAAUUUGGUAUGUUAUAUUAUCAAACUAUCAAUCAUUGUCGUUGAGAGGGUAGACAUGUAAGACUUUUUGACAAAAUCCACAUUAUAACACGUAGGUUCUUUCGUAGAUUAGAUGAUCGAUCCAAUCAUGGAGAAAAAAUGUUUAGCAAGUACUAAUUACUUUAACCUCUUUUAUUAAUUCUUAUUCAAUUAAUUAGGUAUGUUUGUAUUGUAGGAUGGUAAUUGCUGCUUUGGAUCGUUGAGAGAGGAAGUGAUGAAGAUUUUUCUGAAGUAUCUGCCGGCGACUCCACACCAUUGUACAUAGAGAACCUUUGUGGGAACUUGAUGCAUAUUAAUAUAUCCAUAUAGUAAAUAGAGAUGUAAUCUAAGUAGUACAUAAAUAAGGUGGUUCUGUCGGGGAACAAGAGAAGAACCCAAUGCUCCUUGGAGAUUAUGAGGGAGGAACUAAAGUAGGAUAGCCAUUUUGCCUAUUUGAUGUUUCCAUGUGAUCUUCAAGUUUCCUUUUGUAUAUUUGUAUAUAUAUGGUUUUGUGUUUUGAACUUCAAUGAAACUCCUGAUCAUGAGUUUACA